UGUUAUGACUUGCCUGCUAUGAACUUAAUGUUGUGCUGUUACGUUAGCACUUUCUAUUGAAAAGGAUGAUGCUACGGAGUUUAGUUGAUAGGUAAUCGACUAGCUGGGCUGUUCCCCUGACCCCUAUGUAGGGACUUGUACAAUACUUGAACAUGGCUAUUGAACUUUAUUCUUUAAUCUAACAUAUCAUACAGAAACAGUAACCAGGAGCGGUAUGGUGUUGAUAUCUUGUAUAUAUCAAAAGAGCAAAAGGAGCGUGCAUUGAGGCUCGCAAAGUUAUCAACGCAGGAAGUGGACAGCUUUGAUUGUCGGAGCAGGGCACCAGUUAAAGGUAUUAUCUCUGGCGUCCCGUUGGACAUUGACAAUCAGGAGUAGUUGAAUGUAAAAUGUUGCAACUGUGACGGGGAUCACAUUUCCGAAUUCCCUGAGUGCCCUGUUAGAGUGAAAGAGGUUGAGGUGUCAAGGAUCAGGGCUGUACAGCAAAUCUCCUAUGUGGAGGCGGUGAAGAGAGUUCUGAAUAAGAUAUUGUAUAUCUCAAUCAAGUGGUCUGGAUACACUUAUUGUGAAGAAGGUGGAUUUUGUACCAUCCAAGAAGUCCAAGAAAGCAGACAUCAUUAUAUCUGCAGCUGAGAAGUUUUUGGGCCUCCAAGACUUAACCACAGAAGCACUGCAAGGACUAUUGUCGCCAGGAAAUGUCCAGCCAUCACAGGAUCCUUCUGGGCCUGUGUAGGGACCUGAUUAAAACAGAAACGCAGGCUGAUUUAGUUUUUAAAAAAUUCGUUAUUGAUAGUUUGUAUGGAAUAUAUAUAUAUAUAUAUAUUAUUUAAUAAUUACCCCGCAUUUUUUCCCUUUCGGAUCUUUAUUUUCCACUUGUACAGUAGGUGGCGGAAUGCACACGUAAUUGUCGCAAAAGCUCUUACACCAAAGAAGAAGGAGGGUGGGGCGGAACACCUACUAUGUGAAGUUUAGUAAUUCAAUUCGCCCUUGACCUCCUAAACGAUUUUGUUUUUAAAAAUACUUUGGCGAAAGGUAACGUCUACAAAACGCUGUCCACUCUGUUUGUUACAGAUUCUAGUUUUGGAAACUGAAAACUGUAUGGAGAUCAAAUGUUUCAUCGUUGAGAUAAUCUGAAGAAUUCCGGUCAAAAUCCACCUCGCUCUAUCGUCUCCCACUGCCGACUGCUGGUCUUUCUCUCAUCCCCAUAUUUGGUAGUGAGCGGAAACGCUAACCGGAUGCUUCACAUUUAUACAUCCGGUGAAAUAUAUGGCUCGUUCUAUCUGCGAUCACUGUGUAUCUGAUGCUAAGGACACGUCGUUUUAGCAGUCGUGAUAGUUAUGACUAUUUAAUUAUCGUGUUCUAAAGGACGAGGUUUGUGUAUACGUAGUAUUUGGUUGUAAAUUAAUCAUUGACAUGGUUGGAAGUAUCGAAUACCGACGUGGAUAACAGUUGAACUGCGCUUGCUUUGUUUUGGACACACUGGUGUUAUUGUGUGGAGUGUUCCAGCCCCUGUGCAUUGAGCGCCUCCUAGUGAUGCCUCAGCUGAGAGGGAAAAAUGUUGCAACCUACCUAGACCUGAGAUCGAGAGGCAUUUUUGAUGCUGGCACUUUGUCAAAACUCAACUUGAAGAUUCUUAGGGGUCUUGUCCUCCAGGACAGCAAAGACUUCACCAAAGUCUGGACCAAGUCCUCAAAAUCCACUAUAUUUUAUGAGAGUGGGAGGAUAUAUUUUGAAAAUUAUCAGUGUUGCUUCAGUAGCCUUCCAUCUGAGCCACAACUUCUGUAUGAAUUACCCAAGCGGUCCAAAGCGGAGAAGAUUGAAGAUGCAUUGCUAUGCCAGUGCCCUCUUGACAAAGGGUUGCCAACACCGUCAGAUCAAAAACCUAGCCUCUUGGCCCUGACUAGCAAUAAUUGGCUGUAUCGCUUCUCAGCUGUGACAGGACAACAAUUGGAGAAAGUUUACUUGUCCCCACAUCACAAGUUCAGAUACCUUGGCUGGGAUGUAUCGCAGGAGACAUUUUAUGUCAAGUCCAUUCAGAAUAAAGUGACAUCUUCAGCAAGACAGGCAGGUUUCAACCAAAACACCUUGCUGUACCUCGCCGUGUUCCGCGUUUUCCCCCUGCAACUUGUGGGCGUUCUGGAGAUCAACAAAAGUAUAUUUGGAAGCACCGUCAUUGAUGUAGUUCUGUCCCAAGGGGUCCUUGCGGUUUCUCACAGUACCAAGACUGUGAAGCUCUACAGCUUUGAAGACAUUCUGAAUAAGUACAUAAGAACGGAAUUGGUUCUUGGGGAGCAGUGUCAUUCAGAAGGCGGUAAAACUGUGGGAGAAGCUCCAUUUGGCAUUCCAGUGAAUAUCCACAUCAACGAAUGCCCCCCAGUGCUGUUUGAGGUGUCAUGCUUUGAUAAUGGAGUACAGAUCGGAGGCCAUCCAUGGCACUAUAUCUUCACCCUACCCCAUAAGAAGCACCAGGGGUCGUACCGCAUCUGCUCUCUCAAGGAUAACACCCUGGCAAAGCAUGGAAUACAAGACAUGAAGUGCUGUUCUCUGGAGUCUGACUGGAUCUACUUUCACCCUGAUGACUCAGGAAGAAUCAUCCAUGUUGGACCUAGCACCAUAAAUGUGCUGAAGAUUCUGAGUGAACUGGAGAGUGAUUCACAGUUCGAUAUAGUGAAGGAGUUUUCCAUCACAGCUCAUCGAGACAAUGCUGCCUCCCAGAUCAAUGUCACUUCCUCAGGCCGCACAGUGAAGAGAAGAUUUUAUCAGCUGGAUGAUGACCCAGACCGAGAGACAUUCCGGAUGGUGGAGUAUGAGGAUGAGCUUGACCUUCUAGCUGUUGUGGAGGUGACCCACAGAGAGGAUGAGGGGAAGGCCCACGUCAGACUCCAUGACAACAACACUGGAGCGUUACUGAAGAGGGUUCCACUUGUGGAGUCAUGGGAUGUGACUUACAGCCACGAGCUGUUCUUUGACAGAGAUACAAUUGUUCAUAUUGAACAGACGAAGAAUAACUUCUGCUGCCAUGUCUACAAAAUCAGUCGUGGACAAGCAGAUGAGUGAAGUUGAGACAAUCCUUCCAAUUGCUAAUGAUGUUAGUCAAAAAGAUUCCUCAAGUAAAUAGCCCUGUUGAAUGUUUUCCUAGUUAUUUUUUAUACUUUCUUUCCCAAUAAGGACUACAUGUUGUCAUUCUGUUAUUUUGAAGAUGUUGUUGGUACUCUAAUAAAGUGUCUGAAAUAGUUUUUCCAAUACAACUGUUGGCUAACUGAGCUACCUCUGCAUUUUAUAUUUUAGGACAUAUGAAUUAAGCCACAACAUUUCUAAAUGAACUGAUGAAAAUAGUUGUUCAUGUUUGAUCAUCUGAGAAGAGCUGUGAAUUUAGGUUCUCUGAUCUUUUUUAACCGCAUGUAAGCACAUUCCUGCCACCCAAAAAUAAAAAUAAAUAAUUGUCAAGA